GUUCUUAAAACAAGACUCUAGAGCUUGGGAAUAAGGAACAUCCUGGAGAUACUCUUGCUAGGCCAGGAGGAAGAAAGCACCCAUGUCCAUAUCCACAGGUGGACCGAAUCAUCUUCUGUGUCUUCCUAGAAGUUGACUUCAAAAUCUACAAAAAGAAAAUGAGCGAGUUCUUCCCUGUUGAUGAUAACAAUGAAGGAACAUCUGAUGCUGACAUGAAAGAAGAUGCAGAAGGCCUAGAGCCUAAAGGCCUUUCUCCACCCCACAAGAAGAGCAAAGCGAAGAAACCAGAAAGUUCAAAAGACUCCAGUGAAGAUGAGAGCGGUCCAGAGGAAAAGCAAACUGCGGAAGAAAUGGAAGGGCAGAGCCAAGAAGCAGGUGGGCUCAGGUUUCUUUUGAGGAGUCUCCUAGGCCUCAUCCACAGAGAUGGUGUCAACACUGCCCCUGUGCCCAGCCCUGCUUCAGAAGAUACAGUUGAAGUCCGUAAAGAGGAAGAUUCUGCAAAGGAUGACAAUACUACAAAAGACAAUGAUGUUGCCAGUCAUUCUGUGUGUGACCAAGAAAUCCCCAAUGGACAAGAGAAUGACCCAACAAAGAGUGAAGUAAAAAUUGAGACAGAGUCCCCAAGCUCAUCUAUGGAGACAGAAGAGCUUCCAUCAAACCAAGAAGAUGCCACAAUUGUGGAGCAACCAGAAGUGAUGCCCCUGACAGAUGACCAAGAAGAGCAGGAAGGUGGAGAAGCCCAAGGUGAGGAUGCACCAUCUGGGUUUGCAAAAAGCCAAGCUUCCAGCGACACAGAAGCCACUACAGGUCCUGAUGUUGAAAUGAGCAGUCAGGUUGACAGUGUCAAUGAGCCAACAGAGUGUCAGCAAGAAGAUUUCCAAUAGGGCCACAAGAUGAAGCAAAGGAACAAAGAACUGAAGCUAAAUGACAACCCUCAGCAUUGCAGGGCCUGGCCCUGGGGGACUUGGGAAGAUGAUAGUGUGUGCUGUGGAAGAG